AUGAUGCUUACCAAAACGUGCUCAUAUCUAGAGGAGAUGGCACAGACAGUGAUGCGUCGUUUCUGUCACACUCAGCGGCUUCUGUGCAAAGCCCCCCCAGUCGACGAAAAAAUCAAAAUUAUACAGCGAAAUGUUGGCACUCUUUUCGAAAUGGAUGACAAGGUGUAUAUGGAUCUUCUGAAAUAUCAUCAAGCUCAAGACAAGGCCUGGUUCGACUAUCGUGUGCUCCCAUACCCCGAUGGAGCACGUAUUCUGUCAGCAUAUGCACGCGAAGUUGGAGUUUUGACUGGACGCAACGGGAUGAAAUACAGUAAGAAGGUGGCUUCAAACAUGGUGAAGGUUGAAAUCAAAGGGAAGUACAUGUGGGCAAAAGUGCUUCAUAUUCUGUCAUUGAAGGGAUCUAACGAAAAUGUUGUGUUGGUGAGAUGGUUGGAGGUUGUGAGGAAUUUAGCGUUGGACCAGAUGAUGGAAAGAUUGAGCAUGGUACGUGUGGUGCAAAGGUUCAAAGAGGAAUUCAUCCCAGCCUCUUCAAUUGUGAUGACUCUUGCUCAUAGAGAGUUGCCUGCCUGGACUCUUGGACUAAACGAACCCAGUAUACUUUUGAUGGGUGUUAAUCCUGGUGAUCACGACUAUGUGGGAUCAGACGAUUUAGAGAUGCAAAUGGAAGCAGGAGGCAAUGCUAUGGAGCUGGACACCGAUGUUGAUAUGGGGUGA